ACUGAAACAAAUAUAAAUUAAGGCUACACAGAAAAAAGGAAUAAAUAUGACAAAAUAAUAAUUUUGUAAACUAAUAAAUAAACUAAUAAUUUAGGGCCCUGUUUGUUUGAGUACAAAAACUCUUCUAGAAACAGCACCAUGAGGGAAGACGGCAGGAGAGACAGCUAUGAAAAAAGCAGACAAUCCUGGAACAAGGGCAUGAGUGGAUCAGUGGAAAAGUCCCAGAGAUGCCAGUACCUACAGUCUAUGAGAGACCGCUGACUGCUGAAACACAGAGAGCUGUGUAACGCUGCAGGGUCAUUUCACAUCAGAUCUUCAGCUUAUCUACAAUCCAACAAGCAAGUGUACUCCAUCGAUCAUGAACUCAAGCACUGAAGCUCUAUCCACACACCCCACAGACUGCGCUGAGGUUCAGGUCCCCAAUCAGGUGUUCAUGGCCAUCGCCGUGGCCAGUCUGAGCGAGAACAUCUUGGUGAUCGUAGCUGUCAUCAAAAACAGGAACCUUCACUCCCCUAUGUACUGCUUCAUCUGCAACCUGGCCGUGUUUAACACCAUCUCCAGCCUCUUCAAGGCUUUGGAGAACAUCCUGCUGCUGUUUAAAGAGGCCGGACACCUGAACUCCCUCCGUCUUUUUGAGCUAAAUAUAGACGACAUCAUGGACUCUCUACUCUGCAUGUGCUUCCUGGGCUCCAUCUUCAGCAUCCUCACCAUAGCCGUGGACCGAUAUAUCAGCAUAUUCCACGCGCUACGCUAUCACACGCUCAUGACCAUGCGUCGCGUGGUGGUCAUGUUGUCCACCAUCUGGGUGUUGUGCGGCACCAGCGGAGUGCUCAUGAUCGGGUUCUUCGAGGCCGCUACAGUGAAAAUCUUCUUUGUUGUGCCCUUCUUCACAGCUCUGCUCUUCAUUCUCUUGCUCUACGUACAUAUGUUCCUGUUAGCGCGCCACCAUGCCAACAGGAUUGCAUCAAUGCCAGGACUUCACGCGCGCCAGAGACAAAGUGGCUUGAGGGGGGCGCUGACACUCACCAUCUUGAUUGGGGUGUUUGUGGCCUGCUGGGCUCCUUUCUGUCUUCAUCUGCUGAUUAUGAUGAUUUGUCCAGAGAACCCCUACUGUGAGUGCUACCGCUCGCUCUUCCAGCUGCAUGUAGUGCUACUGGUGAGUCACGCAGUCAUUGAUCCAGCCAUUUAUGCUUUCCGUAGCACAGAGCUGCGCAACACCUACAAGAAAAUGUUCCUGUGUUCAGCUUCAAGGAUCUUUAAAGAAUGUGUCUGAGUGAGACGCGUGUGUCUCAGCAGUACUUGCUUCACACUACUGAAGAAUAAAAAAAGUCUACAGAACUGCUUUUUCAAGUGGAAAUGAAGAGGCUGCAUAUAAGAUUCAAUUUAAAGGUAUUGAAAGACCACAACAACAUGUAUUUAAAACAAACAGUGCAGUAACACUCUGUUACUCAAUCAUUAACUUGAGUUAAUGCACUAGCCUAGGUAUAAGUACGGUAACAAUAAACAUUUAUUACAACA